AUGCCGCUCACCAUCCUCUCCCGGUCGCAGCUCCGGGAGCUGCUGCACUCCCUCACACGCGAUGAGGUUUUUGACCUCCAGCAAAAUCUCUCUGAAGCCCUACGGGAAUACUCGACUGGAUCCCAGGACCAAGGUUGCUCGGCUACCUAUCAGCCACAGCGAACUGCAAUUACCCGCUCGAAUGGUUGCACCACCCUCUUCAUGCCCGCCUCCACGGGUCGGACGCUCGGGAUCAAGAUGAUCUCACUGCAGGACGGCGGCACUGCGGGGUGCGCCGUGGAACGCGCGCUGUUUGACGUCGCCGAGGGUGAGCCAACAUCGUCCCGAUCGCGAGGGAGUUCCGUACGGAACUCAGUGGCCUCGCUCUCAUCAGAUAUGAGUGAUCUGUCUGUGGGGUCCUCUCUCGAAGAAAGCAACUCGAUCAGCCCUUCCACCACCACAGGGAGCAGCGGCGGGGCCGACAGCACCGAUAGCUCGACACUCCUCUCUGGAUGCGUCAACCAGCUACCCAUCACCACAAACAUCUCAUCCACACUGGGUGCCUGGCCCGGGGCAGGGACGCGCGACACCUCACCCAGAGGAAGUGUGACUCUUUUGGACGGAGAAUCCCUUCCCUUUGGACUGAUCAAUGCCCAUGAGCUCACAGCCUUCCGCACGGCCCUAGCAGCGCUGAUGCUUUUCAACAAGCGAAAGAAGGUCCGCACUCUUUUAAUAUUCGGUGCAGGCACCCAGGCUUAUUGGCAUAUCCGGCUGGCUCUGAUCCUGCGUGGCGAUGAGAUUCGGCGCGUCUACAUUGUCAACCGCUCUUUCGACCGCGCUGCAAAGCUUCUUAGUGACAUCUACUUGCCAGAGAACACCGAGUGGCGCCGCGAUGUGAAAUUCUCGGCUGUCAGCAGCGACUUUGGCGAAUACCACCGCAUCCUGAAGGAGCACGUUCGGAAGGCCGAUGCCAUUUUUUGCUGUACCCCGUCAGCUACCCCCCUCUUCCCGGCCGAGUUCCUUACAUCGCGAGAAGGUCGUCAGAAGGGCCGUUUCAUUAGCGCUGUGGGCUCGUACAAGCAACACAUGGCUGAAAUUCACCCCGAUAUUAUCCGAGACGAGGUCAAUGUGACGCCGCCCCACCGCCACUUCCACAAGCACACGAGGCGCAGCGGAGUCGUUGUCGUCGACAGUUUAGAUGCGGCUAUGAAGGAGGCCGGCGAGAUCAUCCAGGCAGGCAUCAAGCCGAACCAGGUUGUUGAGUUGGGCGAGCUAAUGAUGGUGGGGCACGCCACUAGCAAGGCCAGCGAGCAAAACGUUGUCGAUGAAGAUAAAAGUCUGCGCGAGUGGGUGGAGCGGGGGAAUGUCAUCUACAAGAGUGUCGGGCUGGGCCUGAUGGAUUUGGUGACGGGCGGAGACCUGGUGCGCUUGGCGCGAGAGCGGAAUCUGGGAACGACUGUGGACGACUUCUGA